AUGUUAUCCCCAGAGGAAUCUGUCAUCUCGCCCGUGGCCUGGCGGCGACAACCAUCAACGCGAGACGCACUUUUCGGCCUCACCCUCUCCUAUCGUCCACCCAAGAAUCCCACCGCCGCCCUCAUCUGGCGGAAGCGCAUGGUCAUCGAGAGCACGAUUGGGACCUACGCGCUUGAACCUUGGGAGAAGUUCUUGGUGUUUAGCUUCGUUUUCAUCGUUUUCAUCCUCACGAUAAUUGGCCUGUUCAAAUACGCUAUCUUCGUGAAGCACCGGACAGCAUACUAUCUAUACAGCCCCGAGCCCCAGGAGACAGUUGAGAGGGCAGUUGAUUGGGUCGUGCGCAAUUUCUCGAGGGAAUUCUAG